GCUGCGCCGCAGUCUUUUUUACUGCUCCAGUGCCGGCCGCCUCCUGCCACUGCUGAGCGUGGGUAGGAGGACUUGCGGAGCCACCGACGCCGGAGAACCCCUGUGGGAGGCUAUGCUCCUCUAACCAAAGGAGAAGGGACCGUGGUGAAGAUGUCCGCCCUCAACUGGAAGCCCUUUGUGUACGGAGGGCUGGCCUCCAUCACCGCCGAAUGCGGUACUUUUCCAAUUGAUUUAACCAAGACACGGCUCCAGAUUCAAGGCCAGACAAAUGAUGCAAACUUUAGAGAAAUCCGGUAUCGAGGAAUGUUACACGCCUUAGUGCGGAUAGGCAAAGAAGAAGGGCUGAAAGCCCUGUAUUCAGGGUUUGACAGGAUCGCCCCUGCGAUGUUACGCCAGGCUUCCUACGGCACCAUCAAGAUCGGCACUUACCAGAGCUUGAAGCGGCUGUUUGUUGAACACCCAGAAGAUGAAACUCUACUGGUAAAUGUGGUGUGUGGAAUCCUCUCUGGAGUCAUAUCCUCGACCAUUGCUAAUCCAACGGACGUUUUGAAAAUACGGAUGCAAGCACAGAGCAGCACCAUUCAAGGGGGGAUGAUGGGCAACUUCCUCAACAUCUACCAGCAAGAGGGAGCGAGAGGGUUGUGGAAGGGCGUGUCCCUUACUGCGCAGAGGGCUGCCAUCGUGGUCGGUGUGGAGCUCCCGGUCUAUGACCUCACCAAGAAGCACCUCAUUCUCUCGGGCCUGAUGGGAGACACUGUGUCUACCCACUUCCUCUCAAGCUUCGCCUGUGGUCUGGCCGGGGCCCUGGCCUCCAACCCUGUGGAUGUCGUGAGAACACGGAUGAUGAAUCAGAGAGUCCUUCGAGACGGCAGGUGCUCUGGCUACACAGGUACCCUGGCCUGCUUGUUACAGACAUGGAAGAAUGAAGGUUUCUUUGCUCUGUAUAAAGGGUUUUGGCCGAAUUGGUUGAGACUUGGCCCAUGGAAUAUCAUUUUUUUUGUGACCUACGAGCAGUUGAAGAAACUGGACUUGUGACAAGUCAAGGCUGCAUGACCUCUCGCUCUGGAAAUGCCUACUUCCGAAACAAUAAGCCUCCUGUGUUUCACGCUGCUUCUCACUCACUCGCUUGGUUCAUCACGGAUUCUGAAGCAUGAGCAACGGAUGAAGGUGGGGUCGGUUCAUGUUGCUGCGUGUUGGCAGUUGAUGCUCUGCAUCAGAUGUUUAGUGCCACAAACGAACAUCCAGACACUGGUCCUUACCAUGGAAAUGACCUUCAACAUCGAAAACAGCGUAUAAAAUGCACGUUUCUUGCUAAAGAGAACUUGCACGAAGGUCAGGAACCGUGUGUGUUGUUUUCUCUGGGGGGCGGGAGCAGCUAGCAGCGGCGGAGAGCAGCCCGCUCUAGAGAAGCUCGGAGGAGCCGCGGGAGAGAGCCUCGGCGAGGGUGGUACCUACCGUUCCUGAACUUGUGCAGACUUUUCACUUGUCGGCUGAAGUCGUUUCCCGUGUGGAGACCUGGCCCUUUCAACUCCAGGUGUAGACAGUGCAGGAAAUAGAUCUCUGGAAUAUUGCACUGCUUUAUAAUUUCCUAUUUUGGCAGGAUCUUUCACUUACAAUAAGUGAUUUUAAGCCUUGACCUUUGUGAGGAAUCGUUACAAAGUAUUAAUAUCUAAGCCCAUGAUGGUGUGAUACGUUGGCUUUGAAAAUGGCAAGGUCGGUAUUGAUGGGAGGGGUUUUUAGCGGUUUGGGUCUGGUUGUAGGUAAUGUUGGUAACUUGCUCUGAUUUUAAGCGCAGUUUAUUAUUUCCCAGUCUGUGAAAUGGAGACAUGACAUCUAUCAAUGUUCAGGGUCAAAUGAAGAAAAUUGCAGCUGCUAUAACUUGACUUGAGGGUCAGUGUGUUUACAUCAGUCAUGCUGUUAGCCGGCCAGAAUCCCAGCGCCAGUCAGGUGUAGAGGAGGGUCUUCUUACCACGGGAUUCUCACUGGAAUCCCCGGCAAAACCCGUGGCUAAAGGCCUUGCAAAAAGAAAAGAACACAGUAUAAAUUACAGUUGCAUUAGGUUUUCAUUAGCGAGAUGUUGCGAGUAAAUUGAAGAAUUGUUUCUGGAUUUCCCAGACUUUACUUCAGUUCAGGUUAUGUCUUAUUAAAAUAUUUCCUGUCUCAGACUUCCUGAUUGGUUUGGAUGGAAAGCACUUGCUUCAAAUUUUAAAAACCCUUUCUUUAGUACUGCACCUGUUUUCUAGUCUGAAAGAGGUCCAUGGUAUCUUCCUUUCUUUUUCUUAGAGACAACAAAACUCAUUCUCCCUUUCCUUUCUCUCCUUCAUCUUGUUCCUUUGAAAAUAAAAAGUGACUCCGAGAGCCCAAAGAUCUUUAUACAGUAAUAGCAGACAGCCCUGGGGAAGGGAACAUAUUUACUCGGGUGCUGUCACUUCUGACCUUGGAGAACAGAACACACACCCUGACUGGGGCUCCAGGGCAGACCCUGCCUGGUAGGUGCUCUGUGGGUUCUCGGUGUGUCUGGCUCCGGGUUGCCACCUCCCUUGAGGCAGAAGAGAAGGAACCCAGGUUUUUCUUAUGGAUCGGGCAGUUUGCCCACCAGUCGCUUUCACUUGGCCUUCUUUAUUAAUGUUUACUUGGAAAAAGAUUUCGUGAGGCAGAAUUGCAUUUCCAAAAUUGAGACAGUCACUAAAAAGCGAGAGGAAGAGGCGGUGGCGUGGCAUGUAGGGGUUCCUUUGUUAAAGACGUAGCUAAGAGUCCCAGCCCCGUGGCCCGUCUAGCUGGGCCUGCAGAGCUGAGCUCACGGGGCCCUGCUCCUGGCACGAACCGUGUUUUUAGACAAGAGAUUUUCUUCCUUCUUACCAGGACAUUCCAUUGAUGUGGUAAGGGCUUUCUCUGGAAAGGUUUUCACUUUUGAGUUCCUUGAGUUUAAAGGAUUACUUUUUAAGAGCCACUUUUUUAUUUUUAAAUGAAGAAAACGUUCUAUAUUUUUAAGUGUACAUACAAUUUCUAAAACAGUAGAAGCAAGGCAUUUCGAAGACCAGAAAGAGUCAACGUCAUGUGACAUUCAUCCUCUCAGUUUAUUCAAAUCAUGUAUAUGUUCACACCAGGAUGAAAAGAAGCUCAAAGCUCACUGUAACACUUGAGUACGUUUUUAAGACAAUAACAGUAUUUCUCCAGGGUAGAUUUAUUAAACAUGUUAUAUAGAACAGGAUCUUAACCUGUGUUCAUUUUUCUGCUUCCUGAAAGAGUUCAUGCAAUUGCCAUGCUCCUACCCCAGAAAGAACUUAGGGACCUGGACACUCGGGCCCCAUAUUUUCAGGGGUGUGGCUCUACAGGUCUUCCCCACCCCCUUGGAUGUUGCUUAAAUGUGGCAAAAGGAUUUUUAGCUUUUAUAACUAAAAUGAAGAUAAUGGACUUUUUUGUUUGCUUGUGGAUUUGUGUAAUCAUUGAUGCUAAGUGUUGAUGAUCUGUGAUAUAAAAAUGGUCCUUGUUCAUAUUUAUUCGUGAGCUAGAAAUAGUAUGUAUUAUAUAAAAACUAUACAUUUUUCACAAGCCUUUAUAUUUUAAGCUCUUUAUUUAAGCAUUGUUGGAAUAUGUAGCAUAAAUCUUGUUUCAUUAUUUAAUAAACUGGCCUAAACAUAAUCCAAA